AUGCGCAGCACCCUCCGCCUCCUCGCGGCCGUCAAGCCCUCCGCGGCGCGGUACCUCGAGCCCGGGGCGCCGACGGGUCUGACAGGCCUGCACACGCACAGCUCGCCGCGCUCGACGCUCCUGUACCUGUACACGCGGACGCUCGAGAAGCUCGCGGACCAGGUCCCGGAGACCUCGCUGUACCGCCAGUCCGCCGAGGCCACGACGCGCCACCGCCUCGCCAUCGUCGAGGCCUGCGAGCCGCCGGGCUACGCGGCGUGGGCGGCGCGCGCGAGAGAGGUCGCGCAGAAGAACCCGAUGUUCUUCCGCGUCACGGCGCAGGCGGGCGCCGCGGGGGAGAGCGUGGAGAAGGGCGAGGCCGUCACGGUGCGCAGUGGUGGGAGGACGUUCGUGUACCGGGAGGGCCCCACGGCGGUGGACGAGAGGCUGCAGGAGUGGGAUGGGGAGAGGGACGAGGGCCCUGGGAGGGAGGGGCUGAGGGGGGAGGAGGAGCAUUGGGAUCGUGCGGCGCUGUUUGGGAGGGAGCCGUUGGAUGGGCCGGGGGGCCAGGUGGUGUGGGAGAAUGAGCCGCCGUUGACGGUUGAUCAAAUCGAAGAGAUCGAGUCCAAGAUCGGAGGCGGCCUGCUCGAGGAGGUGGUCCAAACGGCCGAGAACGAGCUGAAGCUCGUAGACGCCAUGUCCGAGGGCAGAGUAUGGGAGGAGCUAGAAGAAAAGCCCGCCGAGGGCCAAUGGAAGUACUUCGAGCGUGGUCAGUAG